AUGGCUGACACCAGGUAAAUUUUUACAUAUUAACAUAAAUAUGUAAAACAAAUUUCGAAUGAAAACACUCUAAAUAUAAUGAAAUGUAAUUAAAAUUCAUGACUAAUAAAAUGUUUUAGGAUCUGCAGCUCACAAGAUGUUAACAGAGAUGGUAAUUACUAGGCCAAGACUUAUAAAAGCUAUUCGAAAACUCUCACAGUAUUUUCAGACUUCUGACUUGGAAGCUAAACAUUCACUAGACAAUUUACUGGCCACAAAAAUACCUAUUAUUCAUAUCAUUCACUAAGUGCUCGGUGAGUUGUAAUACAUUGAAAACUGUCCUUUUGGUAUCCCUGGCUAUUACACAUCAUGGAACUACUUCACCAUGUAGUCACAUUAAUAUGUGAUAGUAGACAGACUUUUUCGAAGUUAUAUUCAUUGAAUUAUGAAGACCGUAUUUUAAACAUUUGACAAGUAUAUUUAAAUAUGUUUAUAUUAUUAUUAAUAAACAUAUUUUCUAACCUAGACUGUAUUGUUCAAACUUACAAUGCAAUGAAAGUAGCACAAGACAACAAGCUAGGACAAAAGAUGGCAAGCUGAGAUCGUCAAUUUUCUAUCCUAAGGCAUUCAAAGGUGAAAAAGUCAUAGCCAAACCACUGAACGAAAAGCCAACUUAUUGUAUGAGUGUAGUGCUAUUUUACAAUGUUGCUCAAAAGUAAAAAUGUUUUAUCUGUAAUUACUGAGUAAAAAAAUCUAUAAACUGUUUUUAACAUUUUAGGAUACGUAUCACUAAUAUUUGACGAUGUUAUACAGCUGCGGUCCCAGUACCCCACAUUCAAGAAAGCUUCAACUUAUUCCAAGAGCGUCCUUCCACCUGAACCAUCUUCGUUAGUUGAGAGGUAUAAUAAAGGCAAGGAACGACCACGAUGGGACGAAGUUAUUGCCAACCACCACACCUGUUUCUCAAAGCCAGCAUUACCUGAAGAAAGGGGUUCAGCUCAGUCAAUUUCCUGUUCGUGCAAAGGCAAAUGUGCAACCAAAGCAUGCCCUUUCAAAUAUAACAACAGGUGCACCAUUGGUUGUGGUUGUAGGCGAUGCCAAAUGCAAGAACAGGGAGUGAAAAUAUAUUUUGUAACUUGCACCUAAAGGGGUGUUUAUAUGGGAGCUAGGUUGGCGGGAUGAAUUUAUGAGAAGAUUUCAUUGCGCUUGCUGGCACGAUUUUGUUGUUUUGAUAUUGUUUUGAUUAUUUUCAAAAAUAACUUGUGUCAGCAUCUUUAACUUUCAUCCCAGCAACCUGGCUGGCCUUGCUAGACAAGAGGGCUGUUCGUCAGGUCCAGAACAACAACUCAACAGGUUUCACAAGUUCUUUGUUUGUCGUUCCCAGAAAAGAUGGAGGGAAUCGCCUGGUAGUGAACUUGAAACCGCUAAACCAAUUUUUAGUGUACGAGCACUUCAAGAUGGAGGGGAUUCACAUGUUAAGAGACCUCCUAAGGGAAUGGCAUUAUCUAGUAAAGAUAGACCUCAAAGAUGCUUACUUGACAGUUUCAAUUUGGAAAGGUCACCAGAAGUACUUGCGCUUUCUAUGGAAAGAUACAAUGCUCGAGUUUGCAUGCCUUCCCUUUGGACUGGCCACAGCUCCCAGGGUCUUCACAAAAUUGGUGAAACCUGUAGUGGCCAUGUUGAGACAGGGGGGUGCGACUAA